AGCUUGAAAUCUUGGGUAUGAUCAUAAACAAAAAAAAUCUAACCAAAUGAUGUCAAUUGAAACAAACAAAAGUCCACCACUUACAUUUCCACUCGCAUUACUAAAAGAUUAUAAAACCACAAAUGAUAUCCCUCCAAAAAUCUCCUAAACCACCUUCCCCUACCAAUCACCCUAUCCUUUCCUUUCGCAACCUGUAGCAAUGGUGGAAAGGGACCAGGUAAGGCCUCUGGCGCCUGCUUCGGUCCUUCCAAGCAGUGACGGUGGAGAGGCAGCUUUGCACCUGAAAACAGUUCGUCGCAAGAAAUGCAUCAAAUGUUGCGGUAUCAUUGCAGCUCUAAUGAUCAUCCAAGCUGUGGUGAUCAUAAUUUUAAUUUUCACGGUGUUUCGGGUCAAGGAUCCGGUCAUCAAAAUGAACGGUGUUAUAGUUACAAAACUGGAGCUAAUCAAUGGUACAACUCCUAAGCCGGGGUCCAACAUCUCCUUAAUAGCCGAUGUUUCUGUCAAAAAUCCUAACGUCGCAUCAUUCAAGUAUAGGAACACCACCACAACUCUUUACUACUAUGGAACAGUAGUUGGCGAUGCCCGAGGUCCUGCAGGCCGUGCAAAGGCUCGUCGGACCAUGCGGAUGAAUAUUACUGUUGAUAUUAUCACGGAUCGGCUAUUGGCCAGUCCAAAUUUGGUUGCGGAUGUGAGCUCCGGGACAUUGACUAUGAGCAGCUACUCAAGAAUUGGAGGAAGGGUGAAUAUGUUCAACAUUAUAAAGAGGUAUGUUACAGUAAAGAUGAAUUGCUCCAUGACGGUUAACAUCUCCAGCCAGGCAAUUCAAGAACAGAAGUGCAAGCGAAAGGUUGAUCUCUAGACUCUAGGCUAUGUUUGGUUAUGUAUAUAUAAAACAUUAUACUAUAUAGUUACGCAAACAUGAGGUAUGAUUAUAAUUUUUCUUGUUAGAAGACAGAUUAAUAAUUUAGUAUUGAAGAAUCGAUGUAAUUUAACAUGAAAUCUUUUUGAAUUUGGUAUAAUCGCUUUAUAUUUUCCUCAUAAAAUCAUUUCUUUUUGUUCUUGACACAAAAUUAAUCAAUUCGACAUUAAAUGCACGUUUUUAGCAGAAAGUAGGCCUUGAAUUAUAUGGAACCGGUUUAUAUUUUUGUCUUGAUUGUAAUUUCGGACGCCAGAGAACAGAACAGAGCAGAGCAGCAUUGGACUGCAAGUGCAGUGGUUACUUUGUCAAGUUAUGAUGAUAAAUUUUACUUCUAAACAAUGGCCCCGUCUCUUGUAGGUUGGUUUCAUAGGAAAAUAUAUAAAGGCCAAUGGGGACCGCCAUUGGUACUUCCUCCAAAUGCCUUAAAUUCUAACCAAACUUAGUAAAAAAAAAUUUGUCGGAUCUGUAUUGUUUCAAUCUUUUUUGCUUUGAUUCCUUGAAUAAUUGAAUAGCUCUUAAUAAUUUGACCUAGCGUAGCCAUAGGCCAGAGCGCAUUCAAAUGAAUUUCAUUGAAAACAAAAGACGAAGGGAGAGGGGACAAUUUUUUUUUUAAAAGGAGAAGUGAUAAGUAGCUUUCUUGAACAAAGAACUUACUAUUACUAUUAUUUUCUGGCCCAAGGUUGCCAUCAUGGGUUUAAUAGUUAUUUUCAAUAAUGCAUCGGAUGGUGGCGAAGACUAUAGAGUUCCUGGAUUCGAGUGAAUUUUAACUGAAUUAUAAUAGUAUUAUUAUCAGUAGUAUGAAAAGGUGACAUUAAAGUAUUUGGGACUACAAGAAAAGUGGGAGCAAGAGCUUUGCUUUAGCCUUUAAAGAAGCAUCAGACUGCAAUCUUGCUGUGGUCCGGCUCCAUCAGGUUUUUAAUUUGUUGUGCUUUUUUCAUACAACCAAACCCAAUUUUGGGAGUAAAGUGGUGCAAUAUUAU